AAAGGUAGCUAAUCAGUGUGGGAAGAUAGUGCUCUCGUUUUUGAACCGUGUGUGAUUACCACCGCCUUCCCUUUUAGCUGCGCUCACGGUAAACAUGAAGUGGAUAAUCUUCACUCAAGCGCUUUUAGCUUUUGCAACGUCGAGUGCUUGUAGUCUCUACCUGGAAACCUUCCAUAGUGGGAUCUGGAAAGUACCGGAGGACACAGCCAACACCUUGAAUAUAUCCUUGAGGUUCAAUGCAAGUUCAGAAACAGAACCUGACUUGGAGACCUUGCAUGAUUUAGGGGCACUGCUUGUUGUGACCGUCAUUCCAGACGAAGACUGGAAACUGUAUUUUGUUAAUACCAGUGCUGUAUUCACUGCUCAAGAAGUCAGAGAUGAAGUCGUGAAAAAUAUUACGUUUUCGGGAUACUACUGGGGCCUUACCCGGCUCUCUUUCUACUUAACCCGCAACGAUCUGGACUCGGAUUUUAAGAACCGCACCCUUUUGCGGGACGAUCUGCAGGUUGUCAUUGAUCGUCGCUCCAAAGUAGUUGAUAACAUCUUCAUCGGCGUUGCAUCGGUCUUUGUGCUCUUCAAUAACAUUAAUAUGGGAGCUCAGCUAGAUAUCAAAUUGAUCUGGGGUGUUUUAAAGAAGCCUGUUGGUCCUAUUUGUGGAUUACUCUCCCAGUUCAUCUGCAUGCCAACGGUCACGUGGAUAAUGGGCAGCUUACUGUUUGCGGACACCUUGCAAAGACUCGGCCUUUUCACGUAUGGAUGCUGUCCGGGGGGAACAAGUUCAAAUUUCUGGACGUUAAUGUUUAACGGGGACCUCAACCUAUCAAUCACUAUGACUACCGUCUCAUUCGUAGCUGCAAUGGGCAUGAUGCCUCUCUGGAUGUUCACCUUAGGGGCGGGGCUAAUGGAUGGAGAAGACACCAUUGUCAUUCCCUUCUCGAACUUGGCCAUCUCGCUCUUGGCUCUGUCCCUCCCGAUCUGCAUUGGUAUCAUCGUGAGGUUAAAACGGCCUGCUUGGGCAGACAAGGGCAAGAAGAUAUUGAAACCAUGUAUACUUUUCGUCCUUAUAUUCUUCCUCACGGUAGGGAUGUACAACUCCUACAAAGUUUUCAUGUUGAUGAACUGGAAAAUGAUCCUCGCUGGAGUCCUCGUCGUCAUCACUGGCUACACUUUCGGGGCGCUGUUCGCGAAGGUCAUGUGUCUGGAAAGGCCACAGGUCAUCGCCGUCAGCAUAGAGACCGCCAUGCAGAACACGGGGGUGGCGACCAUACUUUUAAAGCUCUCUUUGGAAUCCCCUUUCAGCGACCUGGCGUCGAUACCGAUCUUCGCUACAUUCUUCGUGACCGGCCCGCCUCUGUUCAUCGUUUACUUCUUCUACAAGAUGAUUAAGAGGUUGCGGAACCGCUUUGGCUUCGGCAAUGCUGCGAAGGACCCACCGGUGGAACGCCCAGAUUCGCCGGAAACCGCGUCAUUCCUUCCGGGUGACGAGGAAACAGCGAAGGACCAGGAGACGAGGGAUGACUGCAGCAAAAGAGAGGUAAAUGAGGACGGUAUAUGCAGUAUAAAUGAGGAAAAUAACGAUACUAUAUGCACUAUAAGACAGGAAAAUGAAGACAGCAUAUGCAGCAUAAAAGAGGAAAAUAAAGAUACUAUAUGCACUUUAGGAGAGGAAAAUGAAGACGGUGCAUGCAGUAUAAACGAGGAAAAUAAAGAUACUAUAUGCACUAUAGGACAGGAAAAUGAAGACAGCAAAUGCAGCAUAAAAGAGGAAAAUAAAGAUACUAUAUGCACUUUAGGAGAGGAAAAUGAAGACGGUGCAUGCAGUAUAAACGAGGAAAAUAAAGAUACUAUAUGCACUAUAGGACAGGAAAAUGAAGACAGCAAAUGCAGCAUAAAAGAGGAAAAUAAAGAUACUAUAUGCACUUUAGGAGAGGAAAAUGAAGACGGUACAUGCAGUAUAAACGAGGAAAAUAAAGAUACUAUAUGCACUAUAGGAGAGGAAAAUGAAGGUACGUGCAAUAUCAUAGAGGAAAAUAGAGACGCUAUGUGUAGUUUAAUAGAGGGAAAUGAAGACACUGUGUAUAUAAAAGAGGAAAAUAAAGGCAACAUUUGCACUAUAAGAGAGGAAAAUGAAAACAGUAUAUGCAGUAUGACAGGAGAAAACAGAGACGCUAUAUGCAGUUUACAAGAGGAAAGUGAAGAUACUAUAUGCAGUAUAGCAGAGGAAAAUAAAGAUGUUCCGUACACUAUACGUGAGGAAAAAGAAGACAGUAUAUGCAGCAUGAAAGAGGAAAGCAGAGAAACCAUAAGCAACCUAAAAGAGGAAAAUGAAGACAGUAUAUGCAGUAUAAAAGAGGAAAAUGAAGACGCAAAAAAAGAUGAGAACGUGGAUGAUAGCGAUAACAUAGACAAAAAUAUGGAGGAAAAUAGCUGUAAAAACGAUGAACAUGUGGAGGAUGACUCAAGAUAGGAAUGCAUAGGUAAUAAUAGUGCAAGAUACUAUGCGAAUAAAUAGGAUACUGGCGUAGGAAAAGUAAGAAUACAGAAUACAACUGUAUUAUGAAGUGGCUGAGCAAAGGGUAAACGCAAGGAAAUGUUCCAGUUUGGAAAAAAAAGAAUGAUAAUUGAAACCGCCAAGACAAGUGUCAAGGAUAAAUGAACGAAAAAAAAUUACCAUAUGAAGGCUGACAAAUAUAAGUAUAUAGUCUAUAUAGAGGAUGACCGCAAUGGCCCUUCUUCAAGAGUAGUUUGAUAAUUUUACUCUUCGCCCCGGACAGUUUGCCUGGUGAACCCUUUUAUCAGAGAUAAAGUGUACUCCUUAUCAAUAGUACUUUGAUAAGCUCAUUUCUCAUCGUGAGUUUCUCAUAUAAAGUUGCUCUUUACAAAGGGAAAUUUGACAAGUUAAUAAUAUUACAACGGUAGUUUGAACAGCGCAUCAGUUACACCGGGUAUUUAUUUAGUGCAAUCAAGUAUGUACAGUUUCCCAGUACGCUUUCUUCGACUUAUAAUUAAUAAAAGACUCUUUAUCAAGGUUAGUAAAUGAGUCUCCAUCAAGAUCGGUUUGAUAAAUGAGUCUCCAUCAAGGUUGAUUUAAUAAAUGUCUUCAGCAAGGUGGGUUUAAUAAAUGAGUCUUCAGCAAGGUUGGUUUAAUAAAUGAGUCUUUAUAAAAAAUUAUUUAAUAAAUGAGUCCACAGCAAGGUUAGUUUAAUAAUUGAGUCUUUAUAAAAAAUGAUUUAAUGAAUAUUCAGCAAGGUUGGUUUAAUAAAUAACCUUCAUCAAGAUUAAUUUAAUAAAUGAGUCUUCAUCAAGGCUGAUUUAAUAAAUGAGGCUUUAUCAUGGAUGAUUUAAUAAGAUUUCAAGACUCAAUCUAAUAGAUGAGUCGUCAACAAGAUUGGCUUGAUAAACAAGUCUUCAUCAAGGUUGAUUUAAUAAAUCAUUCUUUAUCCAAGUUGGUUUAAUAAGAGCACACUUUAACAAUGGUAGCAGCAAUUUUAAGGAUAAAGAGACUGAGUGAAACAUUUUGUGUCAAUAAUUUGGAAUGGAGAUUUUCGAUAUGAAUCCACAGGUAUUAGGGCAACUUUCAGUCGUUCAUGAAAAUAUGAACGUGAAAAAUUAGUAAAUAAUGUCACUGAAAAAUGCUUAAAUAUUCGUACGGGUGUUCUCUAAUUAUUGAUUUUUAGCACAUUCAUGAUUAAACUGAAACAAUUUCUUGGGAUUCAAUCUCAGUCCUCAGAAUAU